AAGCUGGGGAAAUAUAGGUUUACUUUGCAUAUUGUAACUUAUAUGUGCGCUAGUAUUCAGUAUUCGGAACCGCUGUUGUAGCUAUGUCGUAUCAAUAUCCCAAUCUUCCCCUUUUACUACAAUUUGAAAUUCUACGCCGGGCUCCUCAGGUUUGGCGAAGUCUUCUGCAGCGCCGAUAAGAUCAUUAAUGGCCUCGGUGACCUUAUUGGCAUUCUCGCUAGCUUCGGUGAUGGUGUUAAUACCUGUGCUCAAAUCGGCGAUAAUUUUGGUCCUCGAUAGCUUUGUUCAAAUCGGUGCCGAUGGUAGUAGGAGAGCGAGUUGCAGGACUCGCUUAUGUCAAGCUGUCAGUAAUCGCGGGACUUACGCCGAUGAACAACACUCGCAAGCGUUCCCUACUGUGAACGCCCGCAUCCCUGCUGUGAGAACAACCGCAUCAUUACGUUCGUUCUCUAUGCACCAUGCUGUGUUAGUAACUUGGGUCAAGACGCUUAACACUGAUGCUUACGGGGCUGGUUACUCCCGCCAGUGGCGGAUUCGCCUUGGGAGCGAUCACGUUGAGUCGAGAUGCUGCUCAUCUUGUGGGGCGAUGAUUUGAGACUGCCAGAUGGAUAGUUGGGGGAGUUUAAGUACACGAGAGACGCUGCUGAAGUACAAAGCGAACCAAACCAAGAGCAUGGAGUAACGAGACUGCCGGGAGGCAAUAAAGUAGCCGAGAUAUGAGGUCGCUACCAAUGGCUGCUAAAUGGUUGAUCGUAUCGUACCGAAUUCAAUGUGCUUACGGGCGCUUCAGCUUCAGC